AUGCAGAAUUUCCUGAGGCUGCUGAGGGAGCAUGGGGACACCCACUCUCCUCCACAAGAGCUGGUGACCCUUGCAGGCAAGCUAUGUCGGGACCUCCAACACAACCAUGUUCAGGUGCUGCCUUUGGUGGAAGCCAUUCUGGACAGCAAACACCGUCGGCACCUGCUAGACAAUGCAGAUGUGGCGCUGGUGUGUGCCCAGGUCCUGGUCCAUCAGGAGCAACAGUUUUCAGCUCUCCGGAUUUUGGAGGGGUGUCAGGUGCCAGGAGGCAGCAAGGAGCUGGUACAACUCUGGAAUGACAUUCACUACCACCUGACCAUGAGGAAGCUGGGCGUCACUAGGCUGAGCCCAGUGCAGAAGUUUCGCUGCAGGAAGAGGAACCCACCACCACCUACUCUCUGCCCUGAGGGCCCUAAGAACCGGAACUUCCCCCCAGAGAUUCGCCACCAGCUGCAGAACUUUGCCACAGGUGUGGGCACUUAUCCCAAGAAGGCCCAGUUGGAGAAACUGGCUUUGGAGACUGGCUUGACCCACGAGCAAGUGUACAACUGGUUCGCCAAUUAUCGGCGACGGCAGAAGGCUUUUUCCCUGAACAGUCAAAGAGCCCAGGAGGCCACGUCAGAAGUCUCCAGUGCAAAGGAGAGUGGGCCUGAACAACUGCAGCUCUCAGGAGACCGUCAUGAGUCUGUGACUGUGUCUCAGUGGUCAGCCCACAUCCCCCAAACCGGAUGCAGUCACCUUCCAACUCCUCCCUCCCACCCAUGGUCUCUACUCAUCAAGGCACAUGGUUUGGUUAUGUUCCCCAGGUCACUGUAUGGAUGUGAAGUGUACCAGGAGGGGCGAAGUUACCAUCCUGUCAGCCUCACCUCCAUAUGCCCCUCCCCUGACCUCUGCUCGCUGGGUACUAGCAACAACGUGUUUGAUUCCUCUAUGGUUGUCCCUGAGUCAUGGAUGAUACCCCAUGCACCGUCAUCUUCCAAGGAAGUUUUCCUCUACAAUGGAGAACUGGACCAUAGAAAUCAGCUGGACUCUGGGAUGAAUCCUGAAGAUGCCACCAUGACCAUGGCCAUUGCUACUUUCAGUGAUCCCAGCCAUGCAGGUGGGUCUACCUUGCACAGACAUGAAAUUAUGGUCUUACCCCCACAACUACUCAAGUACUCAGGUCUUUAG